AUGGACGUGCGCAUUGGCGGAUGGUCGCUUGACCAGCUGAUGGAGCUUGCGGGCAUGUCUGUUGCUCAGGCCGUAUGGAGGAUGCACCCCCUUAGCAAAGGACAAAACAUCCUCGUUGUAUGCGGGCCUGGUAACAACGGCGGAGACGGCCUUGUCGCGGCACGCCAUCUCGCCCACUACGGCUACAAGCCCUCCGUAUACUAUCCCAAGGAAGGCAAAAACGAGCUCUACCAAACCAAAUCAACUGACACAUCCAACCAGCGCCUUAAAACUCAACUCCACAACCUCCACGUCCCCUUUAUAACCGACUUCCCGACGGCCCUCGCCAACACCAACCUUCUAAUCGACGCCAUCUUCGGCUUCUCCUUCGGCGGGCCCCUCCGCGAUCCCUUCCCCUCUCUAAUCUCGCAAAUUGAGGCUUCCACCGUCACCGUUUUAAGCGUCGAUGCCCCUAGCUCCUGGGACAUCAACGACGGCCCGCCGUCGUCGGGGCCCGGCGCGAAGUUCGUGCCGCAGGCGCUGAUCAGCCUCACGGCACCGAAGCCGUGCGUGAAGUUCUACCGUGGCCGCCAUUUUGUCGGCGGCCGCUUUUUAACGCAGCAUAUUGCGGAGAAGUAUGGGCUGAUGUGCCCGGCGUAUGAGGGCAUUGAUCAGGUGGUGGAGGUUUUCGAUGAUGGGGAGGGUGGGUUCCGGUAUGGACCCAAGGGGGGGUUCGAAGUACUAGCUAAAGGCACAAAAGGGAAUAUGAUGCUUAGGUGA